AUGGGCCACGCAGUCGUGUUUGGCCUUGAAGAGGAUUUGGGAAUGGAUCCCAAAUCUAAUCAGUUCAACACGGCGUUGACAAUAUUUUUUGUGCCAUACGUGCUGCUGGAAAUCCCAUCAAACAUCGUCCUUAAGAAACUGCGACCCCACGUUUGGUUGGCAGGAUGUAUGUUUUGCUUCGGGGUUCUGACAAUCGGUCAAGGUUUCGUGAAAAAUUAUGGUGGUCUUCUAGCGACACGCUUCUUCAUCGGUGUGACAGAAUCCGGAAUGUUUCCUGGAUGCUACUAUCUGAUUGGAAUGUGGUACAGGCGUCCAGAUGCCCUCCGGCGAUAUACAUAUUUCUUCAACUCAACAACGCUUGCGGGCGCAUUUGGAGGGCUAAUAGCGUAUGGCACAGGAUACAUGCAGGGGAUGAGGGGAUACGGAGCCUGGCGUUGGCUUUUCAUAAUUGAGGGAGCCGUAACAUGCUUUGUUGCCGUUCUUGCUUGGUUCCUCAUCUCAGAUUUUCCCGAGCAAGCCAGAUGGCUGACUGAGACCGAGCGGCGAUGGAUGAAGAAGAGAAUGGAGAUUGAGCAUGGGAACGAGUCGGCGAAGGAACCCAUACGUUUCACUGACGUGGUCGAGGUCCUCAAGGACUACAGGAUCAUCUUGGGGGCACUCAUCUAUUUUUCUUUUCUAGUGCCAUCAUAUUGUUACGCAUACUUUUCACCGACUAUCAUCAAAUCUUACGGCUACAGCACGCUUCAGACGCAACUGCAUUCCGUGCCUCCUUUAGCGAUGGCCUUUUUCAUUUCUCUCGGGGUUGCAUUUGCCUCUGAUCGACUACGCCACCGUUAUCUAUUCGUUCUCUUUAAUCUGCUGGUUGCAAUCGCUGGGAUCGCAAUCCUGCUAACAGUCCACGAGAAGCCCCGAGUCCAGUACGCCGCGCUGUUUCUUGUGGUCUUCGGCCCGUACUGCGGAAUGCCCGUCGCUAUCUGCUGGUUCACUAUGAAUGUAGGGGGCCACCGGCGGCGAGCAAUCGGUACAGCGCUCCAGCUCGGGUUUGGUGAGAUCGCGGGCAUAGUGUCGACAUUCCUCUUCCAGGCCAAGGACGCGCCAUACUACCAUACUGGGUACAGUGUAGCCAUUUCCUUCUUCACUCUCGCCGCCUUCUGGUCCACUUGCUAUUAUUUCGCGUGUUGGAUGGAGAACCGCAGGCGAGAUCGACAGAUGGCCGAUGCGGACAAUUCGCCUGAAGCUACAAGGGCAGGGGACGGGGACUUGGAUGUGUCAUAUCGAUACAUGCUGUAG